GCGUGCGCCGCGUUUGAAUGGCCCUGUGUGGGGCUGGGCCCGCGCGCCUGAGCUUCGCUGUGGGCCGCCUGGCGCAGCUGGUCAGCGCCGGGUCUGAGCUGAAGCGCCGCGGUACCAUGAGGCGCCGGUAUUUAAGAGAUUAUGGCAUCUGAAACUCACAAUGUUAAAAAACGGAACUUUUGUAAUAAUAUUGAGGAUCAUUCCAUUGAUCUUCCUAGAAAGAGGAUCUCUAAUUUCACUAAUAAGAACAUGAAGGAGGUUAAGAAAUCUCCAAAACAGUUGGCUGCUGACGUAAAUAGAACAGUUGGACAAGCUGUGAAAAGCCCUAAUAAACUACUUAAGGUGAUCUAUCGCAGGAAGAAAGUUCAUCAUCCUUUUCCAAAUCCUUGUUACAGAAAAAAACAGUCACCUAAAAGUGGGGGCUGUGACAUGGCAAAUAAAGAAAAUGAACUGGCUUGUGCAGGCCACUUGCCUGAAAAAUUACGCCAUGAUACUCGAACGUACUUGGUUAACUCCAGUGAUUCUGGUUCUUCACAGACAGAAAGCCCAUCAUCAAAAUAUAGUGGUGGUUUUUUUUCUGAGGUUUCUCAGGACCAUGAGACAAUGGCACAAGUUUUGUUCAGCAGGAAUUUGAGAUUGAAUGUAGCUUUAACUUUCUGGAGAAAAAGAAGCAUAAGUGAACUUGUAGCUUAUUUGGUGAGGAUAGAAGACCUUGGAGUUGUGAUGGAUUGCCUUCCUGUGCUCACCAAUAGUUUACAGGAAGAAAAACAAUACAUCUCACUUGGCUGCUGUGUAGACUUGUUGCCUCUAGUAAAGUCCCUACUUAAAAGCAAAUUUGAAGAAUACAUAAUAGUUGGUUUAAACUGGCUUCAAGCAGUCAUAAAAAGGUGGUGGUCAGAACUGUCAUCCAAAACAGAAAUUAUAAAUGAUGGAAAUAUUCAGAUUCUAAAACAAUAAUUAAGCAGAUUGUGGGAACAGGAAAACCAUCUUACUUUGGUUCCAGGAUAUACUGGCAAUAUAGCUAAGGAUGUAGAUGCUUAUUUAUUGCAGUUGCAUUGAGAGACACUUCAUCUACUAAAGAGCAUUUGGUUCUUCAAACAUCCCUGGACUAUAUGAUUUUCCCUAAAUGUCUCACCUGAGAACUGUGAACUGUGGAAGAAAUCAAAAGCAUUUUUUUUCUUCUUUAACAAGCCACAUAACUAAACCACUAAUGAAAUCCUGUAAUCUACUUCACAUUGAAGCGGAAAAAUAUCCAAAAGGAGCAGCUUCAACUUUAAAGA